CGAAAUAGUUACUAUUUAAUAGUAUUCUCGCCAGGAUCUCCUGGGGAAGUGAUGAAGAAAUUCAAGGAUAGGCAGGGGAUACCUUUCGUUAUCGGUGCCCUCGAUGGUUGCCACAUACGUUUGGCAGUCAAGCCACCUAGCAACCAGAACCCAGACGUUUUUUACUGUCGUAGAGGGCUUCACUCUAUAAACGCGCUCUUUGUAGUGAGUUCAGAUCUCACCAUAUCGUACUGCUAUCCGCAGUACGGUGGUGCUAGUCACGACUCGUAUAUACUGAAAUGCUCGGGUUUGUGGCCGGCGCU